GAGACGUCACAUGGAGAGAGGCAGUAGCUGCUUCACUACUAAUCACAUAACAUUAACAUAACUAGCUAGUGCAAGCUAACACAGCCUGCUACAAACUCGCCUUUGAUUUACCACACAUCCGGAAUUGCAAAUCAGCACGAAACAAACGGACGAUUCGUAGACAGUGUAAACGAGAAACACCACUACGGUCACAUACAGUUAUCGUGGCCUCUUGUUUGCAUCUUUGCAGGCUAUUUGUUUAGCUAGCGAAGCAACCGAUAGCAAACUCUGCCUUGGCUAGCGUCAGGCUAGCCAGCUAGCUAGCUAGCUACUUACAUCGCUAACGGUAGUUAGCUAGCUAGCGAGCUGUAGUAACUUGCGUCAUGGAUGAACUAGUCGUGGAAGUGAGGGGAACAAGUGGGGCCUUUUAUAAGGCCUUUGUGAAGGAUGUUCAUGAAGGAGCGGUCACGGUGGCAUUUGAAAACAAUUGGCAACCAGAGCGCCAGAUCCCGUUCCAGGAUGUUCGUUUUCCUCCUCCAACUGGGCUCUGCAAGGAUAUCAAUGAGAGCGAUGAGGUCGAGGUGUAUUCCAGGGCAAAUGACAAGGAGCCAUGUGGAUGGUGGCUGGCCAAGGUUCGCAUGGUCAAAGGAGAGUUUUACGUAAUAGAGUACGCUGCAUGUGACGCGACACUAAAUGAGAUAGUGACGCUGGAGCGGCUACGGCCGGUCAACCCGAAUAAACCAGCCACCAAAUCCACCUUCAUCAAGAUCAGACUAGAUGUACCUGAGGAUCUACGGCAGAUGUGCUCCAAGGAGUCAGCACACAAAGACUUUAUUAAGGCGGUCGGAGCGUUCAAUGUCACCUACGACUCGGAGAAAAAGCAGCUGAUCAUUUUGUCCGUGAAUGAGGUCACAACAAAGCGGGCCAACAUGAUGAGUGACAUGCACUUCAGGAGCCUCCGCACCAAACUGUCACUCAUGCUGAGGAACGAAGAGGCCAACCGACAACUGGAGAGUUCCCGACAGCUGGCGUCACGGUUCCACGAACAGUUUGUGGUUCGCGAUGAUCUCAUGGGUCUUGCCAUCGGGACUCACGGGGCCAACAUUCAGCAGGCGCGUAAAGUCCCCGGUGUCACUAACAUAGAUCUGGACGAGGAGACAUGCACCUUCCACAUAUACGGAGAGGACCAGGAGGCUGUCCGUAUGGCGAGGAGUUUCCUGGAGUUCUCUGAAGAUGUCAUCAAAGUUCCCCGGAACUUAGUAGGGAAGGUGAUUGGCAAAAACGGCAAGCUAAUCCAGGAGGUGGUCGAUAAGUCUGGGGUGGUUCGAGUUCGUAUUGAGCCAGAUAACGACAAGAAGCCCUUAGCAGCCGCAGCCGCAGCAGCAGCAGCCGCAGCAAUAGACGAGGGAAUGGUGCCAUUUGUGUUCGUGGGGACCAAGGAGAGCAUCUCCAACGCUACAGUACUGCUGGACUAUCACCUCAACUACCUUAAGGAAGUGGAUCAGCUUCGUCUGGAGCGUCUUCAGAUCGAUGAGCAGCUGAGACAGAUAGGAGGCGGAGGUGGCGGAGGAGGGACGGGGCCCCGAAACCUCAAAGACAAAACCUACGUGUUCGAUAACGGCAUGGGCAUGGGGAUGGGGAUGGGGAGAGGAGCAGGAGGAAGCGGGGGAGGAGGAAAGCCCUACGGAGGAGGGGGAGGAAGAGGUGGAAGAGGGCGGAGAGGAGGAGGUGCGGCCUUUGCCUCAGGCACCAACUCGGAGGCAUCCAACGCUUCCGAGACGGAGUCAGACCACAAAGACGAGCUCAGCGAUUGGUCGCUGGCCCCCACCGAGGAGUUGAUGACCGGAGGCGGAACCCUGCCCAGACGGUCAGAUGGGAGAAAGAGAGCAGGCGGAGGAGGGCUGCGGGGACGAGGGGGGAGAGGAAGAGCCGGGUAUAAAGGUGACGACAUGCAGUGGAGCGAGCCAAGGCCCCGUCACAUCAGAGACCCCAAAACGAGAGCGCAGGAAGAGACUCUACAGAUCCGCGUGGAUGGUAACAACGAGCGCAGCGUGCAGCACUCCUCAGGGGGACGAGGAGGAGGGCCUUCCUCCUCCCAGGGUGGCAACAUGGCCGGGGGCGAGGGCCCGUCCCGACACCACCAUCCGAGACCCAUCAGAGACCGAGGGCUGAAGAAGGACAAACAGGACGCUCCUCCGCUGGUGAAUGGAGUGUCGUAGAUGCACCACUGGAGGACCUUCACACACACACACACACACACACACGCACAUACACACACACACACACACACACACACACACACACACACACACAGGCAACUCAUCAUAAACCAUUGUAGAGUCUCUCUCUCGCUUUUUCUUUCUCUGUCUUUGUCAUGAAUACACAUAUUUCAUCAGCAUGGAGUAAGAGUUUACCGUAGUGCAGAGUAUCUGCUGGUCCGCUCUGUUGAGGUCUUUAAAUGUUCUGCUCCGGUUUGUUCCUGACUGAUCUUCUCUGGACUGACAAGUAAAAGAAACAGUACUUUUUGGACAAAAGGAAAAGAAGAGAAGCUCAUAUCUCACGGAGGCAGUAAGCCCCAACAUGCUCCCUUCGGUUUUUGUUUUUUUAAUCAACUGAAUUGAUUUGGUGAUGGAUGAUUUCGUUUUUUUGUCACUGCCCUGUUUGGACUUUCUCCCACCUGAAAAAAAUGAAGGAGAUAAUUGGUGCAAAAAGAAACAGAAUUAGACUGCAACACCGGUUCCUACCCGUCUACCGGACAAUUUGAGAACGUGUUUUUACUGUGCACUGUUUAUUCUCGGGGUGAUCUGGCAGCACAGUUUUAGGGGUUGGCUUGACCUGUUUCCCACAGGUUGAGAAUUUAUUUUUGGUGGCUCUAAAUUGCAAAACGAAUACUUUGAAUUCAACAGAUACAUGUCAAAAUACAAAAUAUUUUUCACUUCUAUAUUUGGGAAACAGGGCUUUUAGGCUGGGAGAUGUUUGUAGAGGGCACUUUUAACAUUUUUUGGGAUAGUCAUUUGAACCCUGAUCAGCACUUGAGCAGGUUAAACCUGUCUUUGGGAUCAGCAGUAGAAAGGAGUUCUGAGUCCAUAUUUAAGGUCAUCUAUGUUUUGUCUCGUUUCCAAGAUGAUGUAAAAUUCCUUAAGUUUCUUGGACCAAGCAUGAAUUCAACAAUGUAGUAGGUGUACCAAUGGGGAAACAUAAAUCUGAGGCACUUUGAUGCAACUUCACUGUAAAAAAGCUUUUACGGAAGUGAGGAAACUAACUCCUAAGCAAACAGGGUACAAAAGGUCAUGCACUGCUGUUAUAUUUCAAAAUAAUAUGAGAAAAGGAAAUGUGACAAGGCAAACUGACUGGGAAUCCACGCAAGGCAUAAGCAAUGGUCAGAAAUGUAUCGAACCAAAUAACAUUUUUUAAGUAGUCUGCCAAGACCGACACAAUUGUUUAUUUCCCCGUACAAGCUCUGUAAGUGACAAAGGAAAGCUCACAGUGAAACUGGGAGCUUUGAUAAAUCAUCCAAAUCUGUAAUAUUAAAAACCUUGUCAAAUGUAAACAGCCCAUUAUUUGUGAGAUUCAAGGAGCACUGUUGAGAUGAUGCUCCUCUAAGGUGCCAGAGAAAAACUAAAAUAUACCACGGAGUCCCGGACUGUCUGAUUCUCUAUGUGAUUGGCCUAACAAACAGCUCGAUAGAGUAGUUUCUGCAGAUCUCAACUAUGAUAAAAGGAUUCUAAAUUCAGCCUACCUUUUUCUGAAACCGGUAAAACCCCUACAUUCACAAUCGCAAAGAAACAGUGACUCAUGACUAAUGCCUUAACAAUGGUCAUGAAUAAAAGCUGUGUGGUAGAAAGAAUCCAACAGUCCUGAAACAUUCAUGGCACCAAUUGUCCUAGUUAUUCCCAGAAGCCCUUGAUUCCUUCUUUUCGAAUGAUUCUCUAAAUCCCUUUGGAAGCGUUGCUUAGCCUCACAUAUUGCAUCUUUCUCAAGAACAGUUAUUCCAAAAAACUUCUCAACCCUUAGCUUUUGAUUAUUCUGACCCCACAUAAAAAGGCGAAAAAAUACACUCUUCUCGCCAUGUUUACAAAAAUAACAUCCUUAUGUUAAUAUCUGCUUCCUUGGUUUGGAUCCAUUCCAAAAUCUCAUGGGUACCUUCUUGACUCAUGCUACACCUUUUACAUCUUUUACAAACCUUGAAUGUCAUUUAAAUUUGGCCUGUAGUUGUUUUUUAAUCCUGCUGAUAAACUGAGAUGCUAACUUUGUAGCGUCAGCAAUAAAAUAAGCCCACACCACAUAUGGCAUGUCCUUGGCUCGUCAGCAAUACACCCGCCAAGUGGAAGUCCAAUCAGAUAAACGGUUUUGGAGAAAAUUGAAGGACUGAUAAAGACUCCUUCAAUAUUGGUUAAAUACUCAUAAUCUCAUACAAGACUGAUGAGUGAGAUACUUCACAGGGAGGGCUAAUGCUAAGCUUGAUGUCGUUCCACAAACUUACAUUUAACUCUUGCUUUCAGACAAACCUGAUCAGGUUGCAAGGCGGCAACAUUGUGAAUGUAGAACUCCUGUCACCUGAUCACUCAAACUUUUCUUUAAUUUAUGAAACCUUUGUAUUUAACCUUCUUGUUUUACAGUUAGAAAACCUGUUUGAAGUAUUACUGUAGAAGAAUCAACGGUUCAUUGAGUUAUUCCUUGACAAAAUAAAAAUUUGGUGUAAGUUUUA